AUGCACAAUAACCAAGUCUAUAUUGAAGGUUUGAUAGUGAAUGGUAGGACACGCAAAUAUUGGCAUCGUCGUUGGUUCAAGAUCGUUUGCAUCGUUCUAAUCACUUUCCUGAUCCUAGCAAUUAUUAGUUUCUCUCUAGUACUAGGACUUGUCAUCCUAGCACCGAACAAAGCUGGAACGACUACGAUCUCAAUAGCGACAGAGACAUUAAUAACGACAACAGUAGUACCUUCAAUGAUUACCACAUCGAUAAAGGAAUUGAUAACAACGAGUGCCACAGUAGAAUUCCAAUCAACAAUGUUAAUCUCGACAAUAAUGUCGACGACAUUGGAAUCAACAACGAUGCCUGUGUCACUGACAUCGGCAAAGCUGGUAUCAACGACGGAAACUGCAGUAAUGCCAUCGAAAGAAUCACAAACAACAGGCAUACAAACAUCAACAGUAAAAAUUACAACUACUUUAAAACAAUCAGGCAAAUUUCAAUACUUUCUUUUAGGAUGGUCUUAUACUGCUCGUAUGAACCAGGGACGACAGGAACACACGACAUCAGUAUUAUCUGAUGGCAGAGUACUAGUUAUUGGUGGAUCUAAUCGUGCUGCAAUUCUACGUAGCGUCGAGUUGUACGAUCCGUCAACUGAAACUUGGAUGGUCACGGCAAAUAUGAAUAGUGCUCGACAAAACCAUGCAGUAUCCAUACUGAACGAUGGCAAAGUUUUGGUCACCGGAGGUCAAGAUAGCAAUCCAUUGAAUAGUGUUGAGCUAUACGAUCCAACCACGGGAACUUGGACAAUAGUGGCAAAUAUGGCUUAUGCACGAUCUUUGCACACAUCGACACUAUUAGCAAAUGGAAAAGUCUUGGUUACUGGAGGUUGGGAUGGGAACGAUGUUCUGAACAGUACGGAACUAUAUGAUCCAUUAACGAACACUUGGACUAUUAGAAGCACUAUGAAUGAUGCACGACACAGUCACACAAUAUCGACGCUAUCUAACGGGAAAAUGUUAGUAGUUGGUGGUAAAGGCAUAAAUGCUUUAAAUACAGCUGAAGUAUACGACCCAUCAAGUGAAAUUUGGACAAAUACUAAUCGCAUGAAUUAUGCGCGAUAUUUUCAUACGGCAUCCUUAUUAACAGAUGGAAAAAUACUUGUCGUUGCUGGAUGGAAUGGUUUUCAACUAUUUGAUGGUGCUGAGUUAUAUGAUCCGACAACCGGGAUUUGGUCAAAUACUGGAAGUUUGAAUAUUAGACGGCAGUAUUCUGCAACAUCCCUAUUAACGAAUGGAAAAGUACUGGUCACCGGCGGAUACACUGGAUACAUGCUUGAUAGUGCAGAACUGUAUGAUCCAUCCACAGAAAUUUGGACCUAUGUCGAUCAUAUGAACGAAGCACGAUUUUUUCAUGCAGCGUGUGUAUUAAAUGAUGGAAGAGUACUCAUUACUGGCGGAUACGGCAACAUCCAAUCUUUGAAUACUGCAGAACUGUUUAAACUAUGA